UACACCACCUGCAGCGGAAGAACAGCUUAUCUACGCCAGCUGCAGCAGAAGAAUAGCUCCUCUACACCACCUGCAGCAGAAGAACAGCUCCUCUACACCACCUGCAGCGGAAGAACAGUACCACUAGCUCCUAUACAUCACCUGCACCAGGAGAACAACAACACUAGCUUUUCUAAACUACCUGCACCAGGAGAACAGCACCACUAGCUCCUUUACACUACCUGCACCAGGAGAACAGCACUGCUAGCUCUUCCACACUAUCUGCACCAGGUACCAACCAGAACACCAUUGCUGAUCUUCUGAGCCAACUAGUACAGCACCGCUAGCUCUAUUUCAGCACCCCAAGAACAGCAUCACUGUUACACCAGGCACCAGGAACAUAGCUGUACCAGAAGCACAGCAACUAUCUGAGUGCUCCAUUAUCUUGCACAAGGAGCUCGACUGUCUUAGACUUCAACCUCUGGCUCUACUGCUAUAGACUGGACUGCAUUAAAUUAGUGGAGUUCCCCUUGGUGGUGCUUCACUGAGCACAAGACUACUCACCCUGGCUAAUACACCGCUAGCUGGCUGCUGCCAUAUGUGCACUGCCCUAAGUGACUGCCAAAACAGUCUGUCUCUGAGCCACGUAAAAAGCUGACAGUGGCCCUAUCCCUGACUCCACAUCAAGACCAGUGAUUAUCAAGAGUCUACAGAAAGGACCACCAGUGCUUAGCAAUGGGUCGCUACACUGGCAAGACCUGUAGGCUGAUCUUCAUGCUGGUCAUCACAGCCAUCUUCUUUGUGGCAGAGUUAGUUUGUGGCUACAUAGGCAAUUCCAUUGCCUUGAUCUCUGACUCCUUUAAUAUGUUGUCAGAUUUGAUCUCUCUUUGUGUUGGGAUCACAGCCUCUCGAGUAUCUAGGCGAACAAGCAGGGGACCCCAAGCUACAUAUGGGUACACCAGAGCAGAGGUGGUAGGUGCACUGUGCAAUGCUGUCUUCCUCACUGCUCUUUGCUUUACCAUCUUGGUGGAUUCUAUACUAAGACUGGCCAAAGCGGAAAAGAUUGAUGAUCCUGAGUUGGUGCUGAUAGUGGGGGCACUUGGAUUGGGAGUAAAUAUCGUGGGUCUAUUGGUCUUUCAAGACUAUAGCUCCUGUAUACGCUUCCUGUGUGGCCGUAAAGAUCGACAAAAACCAGAAGAACCUGAAGAAACCUCUAAUGACCACCUCAAUGUCACCCCUUACCAAGCUGCAGGAUCCGAGAGCCUGGACAACAACUUAGCAGGUGACUACAUAGAUGAUCAAGAAUCUGACCUAGAAGAAGAAAAGGCUAAGGGUGAAAAGAGCGCGGCUGCCCUCAACAUUAGAGGGGUCCUGCUCCAUGUGAUGGGUGACGCUCUGGGGUCUGUAGUUGUCGUGGUGGCAGCCGUCAUAUUUUACGUAAAACCUCUACCCAGUGAUGCGCCAUGCAACUGGCAGUGUUACAUUGAUCCCAGCCUGACAAUUGUGAUGGUGGCCAUCAUUUUAUUUUCUGCCUACCCGCUUAUCAAAGAGACAGCCACCAUUCUGCUCCAGAUGGUCCCCAAAGGCAUCAGUGUUGGAGAAAUUGGUCAAAAAGUUGCCACAGUGGCAGGGGUGCAAAGUAUCCAUGAAAUCCACAUUUGGGAGUUAGCCAGCGGAAAGAACAUUGCAACGCUCCACGUGAAAUUUCAGACCCUUGAAGACUACACUUCAGCUAGUCGUGCCAUCCGUAAAAUCUUCCACGCACAAGGCGUCCACGCGGUCACGCUUCAAGCUGAGUUUACAAAUGAAAAGGACUUCUCUUUGGCCUGUAAUGCACCAUGCAUAUCCAAGAGAUGCAACGAGAACCUCUGCUGCAGCCAGGAGCUGAUUCCAUUUACUGAGAUGAACGGCAAAGCGUUGAAGAAAGGCAAGUCCUCUCAAGUGUGGUACAGAAAUAAUGACAUAAAUACCGAUGUUGAAGUCCACAUUGAUCCCACCUAUGCAGAAACUCCGCAAGUGAAGGUGAUUGCCAAUGGCCUGAAUUCAGAAAAUGAGGCACUGAAUAACAAGUUUACCAAACUUUAAACUAGUGGCAUGGACACAAACUAACUGACUUAUAUUUAACUGAGGACCAAAAGUGACUUAUGUGUCCGUGGUAUGGAUCAGGUUUAUUUUUCCAUUGUCACAACCAGACAUCAGGGCCGACACCAUCAAUGGGUUAGGAUUAGAGAAUCUAGAGAAUGUGCAAAUAUAGAGAACGCACAGAUAUAUGAUAAGGUUGUCGCAGAGCUGUAUCAUGGUAGCUCAUUGUGUAAAUGAUGGAGGAUAUCCCGUAACCCGGGCAAAAUAUAAGAGCCAAGUUGUCGCCCCUAGAUAGUUAAUAGCAAUUUUUUAGGGGCAAUCGUAAAACCCUUCAAGGUGACACUUUUUUAAAUACUCGAUUACUGACUUCUGAUCAAACCCUAUUAAACCAGACAUAUCACCUGGUAGGGUUGAUCAUGCUGAGUAAAACAAUAUCUUUCUUCUCUAAAAAGGGUUAAUCAUGGACAAGAUAUAUUAAUUUUUAUAUUUAUGUAAAUUACCUAGUUGGAGCACUAGGGGGCUGGCCAUAGCGCUAGGAGCACCGCUAGCCCAACGCACCCUGUGCUUUCUGUACUCUCUCCUCCCCUUUGAGUGACAGGGCUGGACAUCUCAUCUAGCCCUAUGCUCUUGCAGCAGUGACUGGGCUCAGUGACUUGGCUGCCUGCACAGUGGUUCUAAACAGCUCGAAAAGCAGCACUCAUCAGAUCCGCUGCGCAGGCGCCAAGUCACUGAGCGGUCUUGGUGCGUAUACAAUGAAUCUUCUGCUGAUUUCCAAAGUCAGGAAGCAGCAUCUGAGCCGUGGUGCUGCUGCGAGAACACGUCUCAUCUAGCCCUAUGUUCUCGCAGUAACGCCAAUGCUCUGUUCACUCAAAGAGAAGGGGGAAGUACCGAGAGAACAGGGGACUUGCACUAGCGGUGCUUCUAGUGCUAUGGCCAGCCCCCUGGUGCUCCAACUAGGUCAUUUACAUAAAUAAAUAAAAAAUAAUAUAUCUUGGCAACUAUUAAUCCUUUAUAGAAAAGAAAUAUGUUUUUUUUUUACUCAGCAGGAUCAAUCCUACCAGUCAAUUUGGCUGGUUUAAUAGGGUUGAUCAAGCUGACAGAGGCUCUUUAAUAAAGCUGGGUCCCAUGUUUAGGACCCUGACCUACUAAACUCUGUUUCUAGCUCUGUCAGUGCUUGACCUGUGCAGCCCAUUAAAUUCAGUGGUGGUGCUGCAGGGAAGUCGAACACUUGCUGCUAGGUCCUCUUCAGCUUCCUGACGAAUUGACUUCUUUAGCAGUACUAACUACUAUAAUACUGCCCCCUCUAGACAAAAAUAUAAAUUAAAAUAAUACUGCCCCCUAUGUACAUGAACAUAUCUACUAUAACACCGUUCGUAUGUAUAAGAAUAUAACUACUUUAAUACUGCCCCCUAAUGGGAGAGAAUAUAACUGCUAUAAUACUGCCUCCUAUGAAUGAGAAUAUGGUUCUGAAGGUACAGUAGGAGAAUUUCUCUAUUUGCCCUUUAAAUUGAGUGUAUAGCUUUUGAAUGUAUAUAUGUGACCUUUAACCUGAAGGAUGAAAUGAAUUAUCUCAUAGAAAGAUUUUAUUUGAAAUUUUUGUCUUUUCAUAUUUUAAUAUAAAUUUUGUCGGAGCUGCUAUGAAUUCCAAUCACUUCUCCGGUGGGAAGUCCAUGGCUGUGUAUAUAAAGGACUGAUAUUCCUAGCCAGUACUUAAACUGUAUAUUUCACUAUAUCGGAGAUUUACAUGGAUUUGUUUACUAUGGAAAUGAUAGGUGGAAAUUAAAGGGGUCGUCCAGAGUGGGGUGCUGCUACAUACAACUUCUCUUGUUCUGGAGGACCUAGCCUGUCCUGUGUUUUAUGGACAGUCCAUUGAUUUUAAUGGUAACUGUGCAAUGCUUUAUUUCUCCUGUGGUGGUGCUGCAGAGGAAUUACACACUUUUUACCAGGUUUUUCUAUAGAUUAUACUUGAUCACCGGGUCCACUCUGUAAUCCACUUACUAUCAUGUGACCCCUCUAGCAAGAGGACAUUUUCCAAAGUGUAGAACCCCUUUAAUAUCCCAGCACAGUACCUUGGAAAAUGUGUAUAUAUGUGUACUAUUAAGGAAAGCUGUAUAUAUUCUAUUUAAACUCCUAUUUUUCUAUGUGGCCAGGCCGAUGUUGGUUCUCGCUACUAACUGCUCAUUUAAUCAGAUUCAUAUAAAAUUCAAUAAAUUAACAGUUUGAUCCUAGUUUGAUCUCGUGCCCUAUAAUUGAUAAACUACGGUGAAAAUUAAAUGACCUAUAACACUUUACUUCUGUAAAGUCAAACUCUUUUAUCAGGGGAAUUGCAUUAUAAGCAAUUGCCUAAUAUAAUGUUAUCAGAAGUGUCUUGUCCCUUUACAAGCCGGAAAAGUUCCUGCAAUAGAGGUGGCAAAAUCAAAUAAUGCACUCCAACCAUUAAAGGGACUGUGUUAAAGUAGAAAUAAACAUGGCUGAUGGUCGUGUCUGCAUCCCAUCCCUGUUAAAGGGAAAACUGCAAUACCAGACAUAGACCAUGGAUAAAGGCGGCACUGUUUCUGGAAGAAAGCGGCCAUGUUUUUAUAAUUGCAUACACCCCCUUUAACAAUAUACACACGACUUGUGGAAUCCUUAAAGGGGCAAUUGCAACAUGGUGCUGGGAAUUUCAACACUCUCAUUUAGUGCCCCAUUAAUUAAACCCAGGCUGCUAUAAAUAGAGUCAGAUGAUCAAACAUGCAAAAAAAUUGCUUAGAUUAUAAUAGGUCAACUGGGUUCAAAAUGGCGCUUCACUGUAAAUCCCCGCUCCCCCCUACACGGAGGUGGAGAUUAUAGGAGGUGAACCAAUGUCACAUCAGUGAUGUCACCAGCCCCAGCAAAAUUGACUGCUUCCAUCCUACUUAACCAAUGUGUUCCACAAUGUGCAGAAGUCUGUCCACUUGUGGUAGCUUUAGUUUCCAUGACUGGAAGGGGCACCGAGUUACAGAUGAUAUACUUUUGUGCCCUAUGGUUAAAGGGGUUAGAUA